AUGGUACAAUCAAUGCACACUGGAAAAUUUUUGCAAUUUAGAGGGGAUGAGGCUUGGGAGUCUCUUGAGAAUCUUUCUGUAAAUUCUCAACAGUGGAAUUGCCAAGAUCCUAGAUCGAAAGCUCCCAACACAUCUAAGAGAGGUGGAAUUUACGAUGUCAAAGAUGACGUAGAUAUUAAAACAUCAUUAGCAAAUCUAACUAGGAGAGUUGAAGCUAUGUCAUUAAGUCAAUCCAUGAAUACUCCUAUACAUAGGAAUGAAAUUUGUUCCUUAUGCUAUAGUACAAGUCAUAGUGCCCAGUCAUGUCCAUCAUUACCUAUAUACCAAGAGGCAUUUUCUGAAGAAGUGAACGCUCUUCAAACUUAUGGGAAAUCAUCUGAUAGCCCAUUUUCUCAAUCCUACAAUCCAAAUUGGAGAAAUCAUCCAAAUUUUUCAUGGAGACAGAACCAGCCUCCAAUGAAUCAAAGGCACCAGUACAACACGCCCAAUCAGAGUCAAGCCCAACCUAAUAUGCCAUAUCCUCAACAACAAAGAAAACCAUCUUUAGAGGAUACACUACAACAGUUUAUGCAAACCACCCAACAAGCUUUACACACAAAUUCUCAAUCCCUGUUAAAGCUUGAAACACAAAUGGGUCAGCUUGCUAUCGCUGUAGCUGAAAGGGAAAAGGGAAAACUUCCCAGUCAACCCAUUCAAAAUCCAAAGACAACUUGGUCUAGUGGAACCGAAACCAACAUCUAUGACACUUCGAUUAGCCGAUCGUUCGUGAAAAUUCCUAGAGGUGUCAUAGAAGAUGUUUUGAUUAAGUGUAAAUUCUUUGUUAGAGUCUACACCAUUGAUAAACAGGAAGAGUGGAACACCAAAGUUGAGUCAAUUGAACCCUUUCGCCAAUUAGAAUCACAAAUACUCCCCGAACCACCAAAAAAACUGAAUAGCCUCACCAGAAAAGACCAUUUCCCAUUACCCUUCAUUGAUCAAAUGCUUGAAAGAUUAGCUGGUCACGAGUACUACUGUUUUCUCGAUGGUUACUCGGGAUACAACCAAAUCCCGAUAGCACCCGAGGAUCAAGAAAAGACCACCUUCACAUGUCCUUAUGGAACAUUUGCUUAUCGACGCAUGUCUUUUGGCUUAUGCAAUGCACCUGCGACAUUUCAAAGGUGUAUGAUUGCAAUUUUUUCUGAUAUGGUUGAACAUUUUUUGGAAAUCUUUAUGGAUGAUUUUUCUAUUUAUGGAUCUUCUUUUGAUGAAUGUUUACACCACCUGUCUCUUGUCUUGAUUCGUUGUAAAGAAAAGAAUUUAGUGCUAAAUUCGGAAAAAUGUCAUUUUAUAGUAAAACGUGGAAUUGUCUUAGGACAUGUGAUUUCAUCUGAGGGAAUAGAAGUUGACAAAGCUAAAGUUGAUCUUAUUUCAAAACUUCCACCACCUAAAACUGUGAAAGAAAUUAGAUCAUUCUUAGGUCACGCCGGUUUCUACCGGAGAUUCAUAAAAGACUUUAGCAAAAUUUCACGGCCUCUGUGCCAUUUACUUGGAAAAGAUAAUGCAUUUGUUUUUGAUCAUGAUUGUCAUAUUGCUUUUGAGAAAUUGAAAACUAUGCUAACUACUGCACCCAUUAUUCAACCUCCUGAUUGGAACCUUCCUUUUGAAAUAAUGUGUGAUGCUUCUGAUUAUGCUAUAGGAGCUGUCUUAGGGCAAAGAAUUGAUAAAAUACCACAUGUUAUUUCCUACUCUAGCAAAACUCUAAAUGAUGCUCAAUUAAAUUAUUCCACAACUGAGAAAGAAUUGCUUAUUGUCGUAGUCUUUGCCUUAGAAAAGUUUAGGUCUUAUCUGUUAGGAUCUAAAAUAAUUGUUUAUUCUGAUCAUGCUGCUUUAAGAUAUCUUUUGUCAAAGAAAGAUGCAAAAUCACGUUUAAUCCGUUGGAUACUUCUUUUACAAGAGUUUGAUCUAGAAAUUCGUGAUAAAAAGGGGUCUGAAAAUGUUGUUGCUGAUCACUUAUCUAGGCUAGUUAUUGAAACUAGUAAAGAGCCUACCCCUAUCACCGAAACUUUUCCUGAUGAACAAUUGAUGCAUGUUUCUUCUCUGCCUUGGUAUGUUGACAUUGUGAAUUAUCUUGUUACUGGUGAAAUACCAUCUCACUGGUCUAAACAAGAUAAAAAUAAAUUUUAUUCUGAGGUGAAAAAUUUUAUCUGGGAUGAUCCAUACUUGUUUAAAUAUUGCCCUGAUCAGAUAGGUAUUGAUUUUAUGAAACCUUUUCCUAACUCGUUUGGAAAUUUGUAUAUUCUUGUUGGAGUUGAUUAUGUUUCAAAAUGGGUCGAAGCUGUUGCAUGUCACACAAACGACCACAAAGUGGUGGUUCGUUUCUUGAAAGAAAAUAUUUUUUCCCGUUUUGGCACACCACGUGCUAUCAUUAGUGAUGGAGACAAAGCGGGAGAGAAAAGAAAGCUCCAAUUAAAUGAAUUGGAAGAACUGAGAAACGAUGCUUACGAUUGUGCAAAAAGUUACAAAGAACGUACAAAGUUGUAUCAUGAUAAGAACAUCUUGCGAAAAGAUUUCUCCACUGGUCAGAAAGUUCUUUUAUACAACUCUCGCCUUCAUCUGUUUCCCGGUAAGUUACGUUCUAAAUGGACUGGUCCAUUUACUGUUCGUACUGUUUUUCCUCACGAGUCAUGA